UUCCAUGUGACUCUUGAUUUUCACCGUUAAUGUAAAGUUGAUUAACUUUUUGUUUCUCAUCUUAAUUGUUGAUUAAUUGUGUUUGAUUUUUGAAACUGUUUUCUAUUCUAUCUUGUCCUUUGGUCAACUGUUCUCUAGUAUUCGGUGAUCUCUUUGUUCUUUGGGCUGUUCUUCUUUAAUUGGAUUCUUUUACUUGGUCAUCUUUUUUUUCUCUCUUCUAUUAUUGUAUUGUUAUUGACGUGAUGUUUUCUAUUCCUCGGAGUUUGGUUCGUCUACGGUCAGUUUUUCCGUUAAUUCACCAUGGAGCUCGAUACAGGUCAAGUUUACCCAUGAAUACUGUUGUCAUCUUUGUCCCUCAACAGGAAGCCUGGGUUGUUGAGAGAAUGGGUAAAUUUUAUCAAAUUUGUGAACCAGGUUUAAAUUUUUUAAUCCCUGUCAUUGAUAGGGUUAAAUAUGUUCAAAGUUUAAAGGAAAUUGCAAUUGAUAUACCUAAACAAUCAGCUGUUACAUCGGACAAUGUUACUUUGGCUAUUGAUGGUGUCCUUUAUUUACGAGUUAUCGAUCCAUAUAAAGCAUCUUAUGGUGUCGAGGAUCCAGAAUUUGCGAUCACCCAACUUGCCCAGACAACAAUGAGAUCGGAAAUUGGUAAAAUUACUUUGGACACUGUUUUCAAGGAAAGGGAAACCUUAAAUAUUGCCAUAGUUGAGGCCAUUAACAAAGCUGGACUUGCCUGGGGAAUUACAUGCCUUCGUUAUGAGAUUCGUGAUAUUAAAUUACCGGAAAGAGUUCAAGAGGCGAUGCAAAUGCAGGUUGAAGCGGAGAGGAGGAAACGUGCUGUUGUUUUGGAAUCGGAAGGUCGUCGAGAAGCAGAGAUUAAUGUAGCUGAAGGUGAAAAACAAGCCAAAAUUUUAGCAUCAGAAGCUCAACGAAUUGAGCAGAUCAACAAUGCUCAAGGAGAAGCGGCUGCCAUUCAAGCUGUUGCCUCGGCUAAAGGGUUAGCGUUAGAAAGGAUAAGCAAAGCGCUCGUAAACAAAGGUGCUAAUGCUGCUUCUUUACUCGUCGCCGAACAAUAUGUCAAAGCAUUUUCCGAAUUAGCUAAAAAGAACAAUACUUUAAUUCUACCCGCUGAUACUGGAAAUGUUGGUAGUUUAGUAGCACAAUCGAUGGCAAUUUACAAGAAUAUCACCGAUCGUCAGGUCAACUUCGAGUCAACCCAUAAGAAGGAUAAAGACGACAAAGAUAAUUUCCUUGCCGAAUAUGAUAGUGAUGAAGAUGAAAAUGAUGGAAAACUUUAGAAAAUAAUUUUCAAAUUCUAAUUGAUUUAGUUAAAUGAAUUAAAUUGUCAAUUUAAAGAGUUCCAGUGGACGGAAGAAAAAAGUUUAGAACUCACAAAGACCAAAAAAUAUUGACCAUCAUCUUUGUCCCUAAAUUUGUCUCUCAAAUUUAUGUCAACACUUUUGUCUUCUUCCUCUUCUCUCUCUCUCUCACCCUCUUUAAUGUGCCCACUUCCGGUUUUUAUUUAUUCUUCACGUCCAAAGUAUUCCGAUCACACAUCUCGAUUAACAAUUAAAUUACCAACGAAAUGACCAAAACAAAAAAGUAAA